AUACAAACGUCUUUGGUGAUUGGUACCACUGGUACUGGGUACUGCCGUGUUAUCAAAAUUAUUGGGAAAUGUGAGCAAGAAGGGUCGUGUGAAUGAGUGUGUGUAUAUUUUUAGAAAAGUUUAUGUCUUGCAGUAGUGUAUAAUCGUAUUAUAAGUCUUCGUUACGAUGGAAAAUAAGGUUGACGUGUUAGAUCCUCGCGAUGAAGUGCGGAAGCUACAGGACAAAGUUAAGAAACUGGAAUUUCAAAAUGAACAGCUCAGAUCACAGCACACUAGGAAUGGUUUAAUUGGGAAGAAAAUAGUUUUAAGUGUUUCAGAUGAAAACUGUAUUGUGGAUACGGAUCAACAGGAUCAGACAGUGGAUGAACACGAUGUAAUAAAUAUAGGAGAUGAAGAUUUAUUGGAUGAGGAGAGGUGGCUCUAUGUUCCACCAAACAGUGUAUCCAGGAAUAUUGCCAAUAAUUUGCAAAUAUGGCUGUGGCAAGAUAUGGAUAAUAAUGAUAGUGAAUUUCAGCUAUUAAGAGGGAAGCUUAUACAAGAGUUAGAGGAAAUAGAACAAGGACUAAGGCGAAACAGCAUAGACACACGUACGUUUACAAGAUCAAAAAAGCGGUUGGGCCGUCCAAGUUUAGAAACUAUGGUGGAAACACCUGUACAUGGAAAUAGGAAGAGACUUGUCUCACCGUGGAGGGCUGCUGAUAUUCAAAAUGGGGAUGAUGAUGAUGACGACGAUAUCAGCCUUUCCUUCAGCCGUACUUUCGGAUCCUUAGCAUCCGAAUCAUUGCUUCUUGGUGCCAACUUCUGUAGAAAUGAAUCACUGGGGUUCAACACAGUAUCUCAGAAAAUAGCAUCGGAGCCACAAUUAAAUGUAACAUACGAUGCAAGAAACAGCACAUUUCAAAAGACUGUGUCUCGUAUAGAUGAAAUGCAUACAACUUACCAGAAGUUGUCAGAGCCAGAUUUAAAUGCAGCCGUUCUUAAAGUAUCUGAUCCGUGCACAUUAAAUUGUCAGAAGUCUGUUGAGAUGAAUGCGACAUUUCAGUUGGCUCCUAGAUCAAGAAGUAUAACGCCAUCAGGGUUGAACUGUACAUUUUCAAUUCAAGAAGGUAGCAGCGGUAGCAGUAAUCGCAGCGCCCGUGCAGUGUCUUGUGAUAGUGGGGGUGAUGAUGACCAGUUUAGCAGUGCAUCAGAUAGCAGCUUUUCGUCUAGUAAUCGUCUCAUGAAUGUUGGUGAUGUCCAGAAUAUUGCACGCCUCCAAGAAGAAAGUUUAAAGCAGGUGAUGUCAACACCAAAAAACAAUUUCAGGAGAGAAGGCAUUGUUCCUGGUGUAGAAGACGAUAUGCCUUCUCCUAUACUAAAAGACUCUAAUCACGGCUAUCACUCAGACCAUUCGGACCAUUCCUCUUCUGCUGAUGGUCGGGCAAGAAGUUCUCGCAGUUCAUUGAAGUCCAGUCCUGGUGGAAGUCCAAUUGGCUCCACACAAAUACUGACAAAUGUUCCAGAAAGUGUCCCUUGUAAUGCAGUAGUUGGUUUGCCAAGGAGGGACUUGAAACUGAUCCCUGCAGGGAUGCAGGGAGCCCCUAAGCCACAGAUGGCAGCGAAACGCGUGGAAUCAGUACAGGGAGGCCGCGUUCAAGGUGUCUCAGGACUGAGGCCACCAGCUGCAAGGUCACGAGGGGGCAUAGCAGGUACAACCAGGGUGCCAUCACAAGGAAGGGGCAGUAACAUUCCGCGACCAGCAUCUCGAAUUCCUGCGCCUAGAAUAAGGACAACAGUACAUCAGCCAGCUGUCAAACCGAACUGGAUGGACGGAUGCUUCUGAGUUUGGCCCAGUUCAAAUCACCAUGCCACAGUGCCUACCAGCAUAUCUACUAAACUGCUAGCCAUAGUGCUAACUGACUGCUGCUUACUGUUACAGUAAAGUAACUUUAGCUAGAAUGUAGACACAAACAGGGAUAUCAGCAUAAUAAAAAACAGUAAACUGGAAAUUCUUAGGGAAUUUGGAUAUGGGAGUUGAUGGUAAUUAACACUCAGCUUUUUCUUUUACAUACAUGUAAUAAUGAAAUCAAACCUUGCUAUACUUGGGUUACAGUAAGAAAACUGUUACGUUCUAUUUAUGUGCAUAUAGUAAUCAUAUUUACCCAAAAUUCAGGUGCAUAUUGUUCAUAAAGUAAUAAGAACACAUACCAGACAGUAAACAUAUGUUUCCAUAUGUACUAAUGAACUUAAUAUAAGACUGGCUCUCAGGAAUAUGUCACUGGGAAUACUGAAGAUUCUCCAGUGUUUCAGCAAACUUUAUAAUUGCCAUUUUCAUGAUUAAUGUGUUUUUGGGUGGUUUUGGAAAUCCGUUUUAUAGAGCAGGCAGUAGGCAGUGAGUUGGGGGGAGUGUCUACUUCUCUCUUUCACCUGAGUUAUUGCCACUGACUGUAUAUAAGGACUUCCAUAACUUCUCAGUUGCAUUAUCCCUGAAGAUGGCAGAUGCAGUGUUUGUUGAAAAGGAGAGCCUUCAGUAUUCUACAUAAUGUAUUCCUGAUAUCCAAAGUCAUACAUUAAACUCCAGCUGUGAAAACAUAUGGAGAAGUGUGAAUGAAUUUGGCUUGCAUAUUUCUAAAUGUUCAAGAAAUAUUAGAUUUGUAACUGCAUUUUUUAAAAUCCAUAAUAUCAUAUUUUGGCAUCUCUAGAACUGGUAUGUUAAUAUUGCUGUUACACUUACGUGUAAAAAUGAUACAGGGUGUUUCUCAGUGCCAAAUGUUAUAAGCCAAGAAGAACGUGUCACUUAUUAUCCGACUACACUGUGUAUAAAAUUAUGACUUCAUUUAUAUACCUUAUUGCACAUCUUGUAUAAAUUGUAGUUUUUUUACUCAUCUGUUACUGUAAAAUGUAUAUUUUCACACUUUUUACCCCUGUAAGAAUCAUACCUUGGAAAGAAUCUUGAUCUCUUAAUUUCUUACAUUUUACUGAAUGGCUGUGAAAAUAUCAGAAUGAAAACUGUUUUAAAAUUAAAGUGCUGGUUUCAGUGGCCCGCUCUUCUUGCAGCUUAAAGUUCAUUCUUCUUAUACCAUAAUUUCCAUUUUAUAUAGUUUGAUGGAUGGCAGAAGUCACCAAUCUCUUUUUUCUUCCUACAGUCUUUUCUUUGCUCUUUCCUGUCUUCUUGAUGUCUUCCAGUACCUAGCCAAACUGUCUUGGUGUCCUUCUAUCUAGCCCUCUUGCAUAGCCAAAUCAUUGUCUCUUUUCUAACUCAACAAAUUUUGAAAUCUAACUUCAUCUCUUGACAACUUAAUUUACUUAAAGUAUUAUAAGAACUUAUGAAUUAGAAGCUGAAUCAUUAUUAAUUGCUCAGUAACAUCUCUGCUUCAUGGAGAUACAGAAAGAGAAAUGACAGCUACAGGCAGGUUUACGCAAUGUGACAUGCAUAGUACUCAUGAUAGUAUCAGGAUUGUGGGCUUGGGUGCCAACAUUUUACAGGAGUCUGUUGUCCCCACCUUCAUAGUAGGUUCUCUUGUUUUACUUUCAAGAUGAAGGAAGCAGGUUCCUCUGAAAUAUUGUUCCCAUCUACAAAAAUACAUGGCGUAAUAUCCCAGAAGACUGUAAUCUUGCAUACCUGAUGUGUCUCCAUUAUGCCCUGCACAAUUAUAGCCAGAAACUAUACACAGUACUCUUGCAAAUUACAGACAGGUUUGCCUAUCAGUGGUCUUAAAUAAUACAGAUUUUGAGCUGUAUUUCAAUACAGAGAUGCCUUUGACAGAAAUUAAGGGGUUUGUGCGUUGAACCCAUUGAUUAAAAUAAACUUGAUGCCAUGUGAAUUGAUUGCAAAUGCAUUUGUACUUGAUUUUAUUUAUUUAUAAUCUUGAUAGAUCAGUUAAUCCUUUGCCUUUGUGAUAGAACCGUAAAUUACAGUGGUUCAGGUGCUCAGUUGUAUAAUGAAAGAUAUUUUAGAUUGGUUAGCAAUCCAAAUUUUAAAAUGUACAUACAUAUAGAUAUAUAAAGGAGUUUAGAGAUAUGUAUAUACUGUCUACAAUCUGAUAUUAUUAUGUUCAUUGAAGAAGGCAAGUUUUCUCGACUUCACUUGUAAAUUGCAUGUAAAAUGCAGUUAUACCAGAUAGAAAAAUUCUAAUAAAUUUUAACUUGUAAAUUAUUUUGUUCAAGACAUGAUCCUUUGCAAGCAAUUUGGAUUAAGUGUGAUGAUGAAAUUUAUUUAAAACUGGAUUCUCUGUUGCAUCAGAUGCAAAAGGAAUGGCAUUUGUUGCUAAGUUUUAUAAUCAUUCAUCUGUGACAUUCAAAACCUAAGUGCAACAAAUUGUUAUUUAAACUGCUUAAUAUCAUAUUGUAGACACUUAUUGUUGAGAGCUCUCUCCAUUCACACCACACUUAUUGCCAUGCUACCAUACUGGAAUUUUAUUUGCUGAGCCAGCCAUUAUUCCAAGAAAUUCAAUUUUGAACUUAACUACAUUCAGAAUAUAAACAUGAGAGAACAUGUGAAAAACAGUGGUCUGUAGUAUUUUGAGAUUCAACAAGGUUCAUUUAAAGUUUCUCUGCAUUUGAGUGGCAUCUGUAAGAGAAAAUGGUGUUUAUAUACACAGUGACAAUGGUCCAUCACUUAACACAAUUAGCGCUGGCACGCAAUAAACUUCAGUCCAUCAAGUGACAGGACUGGCAGUGAAUGUGUUACUGUCUUUGUAAAUAUGUUUGUAAAUUUUGUCAUCCUUUGUAAGAUUUGAGGUUUUCACAGCGGUGACUAUGAAGAUUGUUGUCUUCUGGGAUGUGGCACUGUGUAGCUC